AUGGCUGCAUACUACGGCCGAUUACCCGUCCUCGAGUUCCUAAUAUCCUCAUCUCCUUCGCUAAUCUCGUUUGCAAACAUUGAUGGAGACACUUUUCUUCACUCAGCAAUCACGGGCUUCCGAGCCCUGAAUUUCCAAAGGCUCGACCACCACACGAACCUCAUGAAAAAACUCCUCGACGGUGUCAUCUUGAGAAAACUCGAUGACAUCAUCAAUGUCCCGAACAAAAACGGGCGGACCCCACUCCACACGGCUAUAAUCCUCGACAUUCCAUCCGAAAUCGUCGAGCUAAUCUUGUCCGUCCGAUACAUCGAUCUAAACGUCCGAGAUUGGGAAGGGAACACCCCGCUCGAUCUACUUUUCGCACGGACGAAAACGCCCUCCUCCGAGAUUUUGAUCAAACGGAUGGUCUCGGCCGGCGGUGUUUUUUCUUCCGAGCGAAAAUCGAAAGAUUCAAUUUCCGUCGCGUCUCCUCCGGUUUCGCAAUCGAUUUGUAGUCCCGGGACUUAUUUCAAAAUCCCGGAUGCCGAACUUGUGGAAAACGAUGUAGGAAAAGACGGCUACUCGAAUGAAAUCGAGGUUGUAAUAAAUUCGCCUCAUUACUUCAAGAAGUCGAGCUCGAGUGGAGGAAAGGCGCGCCUUGGAAAUUUCCUCCGUUGGCUCGGGAAAAAGGAGAAAAGCUCGAGUGGGUCCGAUUUCGGGGGAGAAGAUGAUACUCUUUCGUUCAAGUCAUACACAAUGGGUUCGAGCUCACGGGACAGCCCGAUUUCACUAAGGCAACAAUUUUCGAGGCCGAAAUCUUCUUCUCUACUGAGCAACAAACGGAUAAUGUCCUUGCAGAGUAACGGGCCAGGCCCAUUGGGUAACAAGAAGAAGUUCGGGGCCCAAGAUGUUCGUCAGGUGCUUCCAAAAUCGAACCUCGGUUCACCUUGCAGUGCAUUUUCCGAGUCUUCUUGGACGUCCCCACUUUCGGUAAGCGCGAAUCAAUCACCGAGUGUCGAUGGAAUGAAGAUGAAGCGGAGACUCGGCUCGUUUAACUUGAGGUCGAUGAACAAUUACUUCUGUUUGGGGAAUCGGAGCUUGGCAAUCGAGAAGUCGAUCAAGUCACAGUCACAGCCAUUGCCGGAGCCAUUGCCGGAGACAUAUAGUUUGGAGGUUCAGGAAAAAGGUGUACUUGUGUAA